AUGGCUUCCACCAAAUCGAGAACUGAUAAGUGCUUCCUCUCUUUGUUCUUCUGCAUCACCAUCUUUCAUCUUAUCAUACCACCUGCAACACCCCUCUCUUUCAGCUUCAACUUCUCCGAUCCCGAAAUUAACAUGUCGCUUAUCCAACUCCAGGCUGACGCCGUCUGGAACCGCACUGUCAUCAACCUCUCGAAGGACUCGAGCGAUUCCAUCAGCAACAGCCAGGGCCGAGCGGUGUACAGCAAUCCGGUGCUUCUUUGGGACGACGCCACCGGCGAGGUGGCUAGCUUUCACACUAGCUUCUCUUUCAUCAUCCAAGCCACGGACGCGAGCGCUUACGGGGACGGACUAGCGUUCUUCCUCUCCCCUUCCCCGUCGGUGGUCCCUAGAUUCGACGGCGGCGGCUACCUCAGCCUCUUCGACAAUGGAACCGCACUAAACUCGACGCAGAACCAGUUGGUGGCGGUCGAGUUCGACACCUUCAAGAAUGACUGGGAUCCGAGCGCCUGUCAUGUUGGUAUUGAUAUCAAUUCCAUCAACUCUACGGUGUACGAGGACUUGCCGAAUAUCACCAGAAGCGGCACCCGUGCGACCGCGUCAAUCGCCUACGAUAACACUACGAAAUAUCUGAGUGUGUUGCUUUCUUACGAUGGUAAUCCGAACUACACUAAAUCUUUCAGCCUCUCUUGCCUUGUUGAUUUGAAGGCAAUACUUCCCCAGGAGGUGACCGUGGGCUUCUCAGCCGCCACCGGCGGCGCCGUCGAGCUGCAUCAGAUCCUGUACUGGAAUUUCAACUCAACUUUGGAAAGGAAGAGUAAUCUUAUGAUUACGAGCCCACCAACACAACCAACAAGCCCGCCAACACAACCGGCCCCUCCGUCGUUGACUAACUCUGGCACAAGUAACUAUGUCGGAGUUGUGGCCGGCUCGGCCGCUGGCAUAAUCGCCCUGUCCUGUUUGAUCGCGGCAGUUUGGUGCUGUCUUUCAUCGCGUAAGAAAGUCAACAUGACAGAGGAAGAAGAAGGUGGCAUGGACGAUGAGGAUGAUCUGAUCGACGAUGAGUUCGAGAGAGGUAGGGGACCCCAGAGGUUUCCUUACAGCGAAUUGGCUGCCGCGACAAACAACUUCGACGAGGCAGAGAAGCUUGGGCAGGGAGGCUUUGGUUCCGUGUACAAAGGGUUCCUGAGGUCCGCAAACCUUCCCGUAGCCAUCAAAAGAAUCUCCAAGGAGUCGAAACAAGGACUGAAGGAGUACACGUCCGAGAUCAACGCGAUAAGCCGGCUGCGGCAUCGGAAUCUGGUGCAGCUCAUAGGCUGGUGCCACAGACGCGGAGAUUUCUUGCUGGUCUACGAGUUGAUGCCCAACGGAAGCCUAGAUUCCUAUCUCUACAGCAAAGAGAGGCUACUGCCGUGGUCGGCGAGAUACGACAUAGCGCAAGGCCUGGCCUCCGCUUUGCUGUAUCUUCACACCGAGUGGGAGCAGUGCGUGGUGCACCGGGACAUCAAGUCGAGCAACAUCAUGCUGGAUUCGUCGUUCGGCGCUAAGCUCGGCGACUUCGGGCUGGCGCGGCUCGUCGACCACGACCGCGGCUCGCAAACAACGGUUCCGGCGGGCACCUUGGGAUACCUGGCCCCUGAAUGCUUCAUCACCGGAAAGGCCAGUAAGGAGACCGACAUCUUCAGCUUCGGAGUCGUCUUACUCGAAAUCGCUUGCGGGAGAAAGUGCUUAGUCCAGACGGAGUUUCGGAGCAAAGUUAGCCUGGUUGAGUGGGUCUGGAGUCUGUACGGAAGGAAAUCGGUUCUGGAAGCAGCAGACGAGCGUCUGAACGGCAAUUUUGAAGAAGCAGAAAUGGAGAGAUUGAUGGUUGUGGGGUUAUGGUGCGCCCACCCAGAUUAUAACCGACGACCGACGAUCCAACAAGCGAUCGGUGUUUUGCGCUUCGAAAUUCCGUCGCCUGCUCUUCCUCCGAAUAUGCGGCUGGUGACCGCGCCGCCGCCGGCGGAUCUAUCAAGUUUCAAUUACACCUCAUCGUCAUCCACUGGAGCAUCGGCUUGCGCCGUUUCUGUAUCUACUAACUCGACCGCUGCAUCUGAAUCCUCCUCAUCUCGGCUACUUAAAUAAUAGUUGAUAAAACUCAACAUUGUGCAUGUUGCAAUUUGUUACCUUUCUUCUUCUUUAUUUUCUUUAAUAUGUGUUUUGAUGUUUUAGUCUUAUUGUGGGAAAUAAUACGGAUUUUACUUUACGUUCCUCAGCAAUGGUACUAGAUACAAAGCAAUAGUGCCAAUCGUAGCUUUGU